AAAACGAAAAAGUAAAAGGAGGGAAGAAAAACAUAUUUUAAAAGAGUUUUGAGGUGGCGGCAUCAAUCCUUAAGUCCAGAUAGGUCCAUCCCCUACUUGCUCAGUGGAGCUUCUUUGGUACCCAGGGAGCCUAGUUGCUAAGAGACCAUGCUAAUGAGGACUCGCCCACUACCAAGAUGGCAAGCAAUUCAGCUUCAUUCCAGAAAUCAUGCUUUUCCUAUGGAGCCAUUUUGGAGUCUGGCAAAAAUGUCAACGCUCCGAAUGGACGCAAGAUCCAGUCAUUACAGGCAAAGAAACAAAUGCAAAGUAUCAAUUAAGGCCUAGACAAAGAGUGGUCAGCUUCUAUUAUUUUCAAGGGUCUUCCAAUGGAGUCCGGAAGCCCUGUGCCCUUAAUCAAAAUGGCCGUUCAGAGGGCCUCAGUGCGUGAUGAAAUAUGGCGGCUCUUCCGGUCCUGGUGCCCUCAGCGAAGAUGGCGGCAGUGGAGAAGCGGCGGCAGGCGGUGGCACCGGCUGCGGCUCCGGCAGCCAAUUUCACGGACAACGGCCGGGUCUCGAUGUCCCGGGGGGCGACGGCGGCCGAGAGCGAGGAGGACUUCCUGCGGCAGGUUGGCGUGACGGAGAUGCUGCGCGCGGCCCUGCUGAAGGUGCUGGAGGCGCGACCCGAGGAACCCAUCGCCUUCCUGGCGCACUACUUCGAGAACAUGGGCCUGCGCUCGCCGGCCAACGGCGGAGCCGGAGAACCCCCGGGGCAGUUCCUUCUGCAGCAGCAGCGCCUGGGCCGUGCGCUGUGGCACCUUCGCCUGGCUCACCACUCGCAGAGGACAGCCUUCAAUAACAACGUCAGCGUGGCUUAUGAGUGCCUAAGUGCCAGCGGGCGCAAGAAGAAACCUGGGCUGGACGGACGCACGUACAGCGAGCUGCUGAAGCGCAUAUGCAGGGACGGUGGGGCCCCGGAAGAAGUCGUGGCGCCCCUGUUGCGUAAGAUCCAGUGCCGCGACCAUGAAGCGGUGCCACUGGACAUCUUCCGAGCCGGCAUGCUCACCUGCUUCGUGCUGCUGGAGUUCGUAGCGCGGGCCAGCGCCCUCUUCCAGCUGCUGGAGGACCCGGGCCUUGCCGUGGCUGACCGCCGUGUGGGCCAAGCCGUGCUGGACACUCUAGAGGGGGCCCUGGGCACCGGCGACCGCGCCGCCGCGCCCGCGCGCUACCUAGAGGCCGGCUCGCGCUUGGGGCCGGACAGCCUGGCGCAAGCCUUGGACCGUGCGGCGGGCGGGCGGCGGCCCAGCUCGCCCAUGGCCCGGCAGGAGUUCCUGGAGAAGGCUGCUGCCCUCUUCAUUGCUAAGGUGACAAAGGAAGAGGGCAGCUGGGUAGGUGCAGCCACACCCAUGACAAACAGCAGCUGGAAUACUUUGGAGCCUUCCUCUCCACCACUACCCUAACAGGAGGAAACUGAGGCCUUCAGGAAGCCGGGAUUUCAGGUCCCGACUAUCUCCCAGCUUCCCGACUUUCGACGCAUCCUCCCUUUCCGCUGGCACAAGGCGACCUGAGAAGAGACCCGUCUUUCCCCUUAACAGGUAAAACCUAGGCUGGG